UCUUCUCCGCGGCUCCACGCGCGAUGUCUUCUUCAGCUGUGCUAAUCCAAACUCUGCCCGCCGUUCAGAGGCUGCAGGUCCGACCGCCUGUUUUCUUAGCUGCGAGCUGUUCCCAGAGAGCAGGGCUCACCAAACGCUUUGACACGUUGUGAGAAAUAUCCGCAUUGUAUCCGUGGAAGCUGUCAACAACUUAAUUACCUGAAGCAGUUGAGAGCAGGGGACAGCAAAACACCUCGUUUCAGUCUGACAAUGUGUGUCUUCUAAGGAGGGACGUUUUAACUUCACUCUAUUAAGAUUUCACAUUUGUAUCAUAUUUGAUACAUGCUUUUAUGAUACUUCUAUCAAUCAAUAUGAUCAACAAAUCACUAAAAAUACACCUGAAUACAGUCUGAUAAAUGAUAAAAAAUGUCCUCUUGUGGUUUAUCAGUUUUCAAAAACAUCUAAUGUGUCAAAGGAGAUCAAUAAAUAUAUUUGUUUAAUUUUAAGGACAUUUUGAUGUUUUUGGUUUUCAGUAGUAAGUGAAAUAAACAUUUCAGCUCCAAAAAAAUGAAUUUUCCGGCCAUAAUUUGUAGUUUCGGGCAUUAAGGGGUUAAAGAUGUAGAAAGUGGCUUAUAAUCAAACAACAUGACACUUGAUUUCACCUUUAAAUUCAGCUGUUACACAUGGUUACAUUGCUUACUGGUGAUCCAAUAUAAACUGCAGCAUCUCCUCAUUAGAAGUGAAAUAAUUACCUAAAAUUUGAUUUACAUAAGUUUGUUUAUGCUCAUUUUUGUUUUAUUUAAUUCACCCAGUAAAAGUACUUACCAAAGCUCUCAUUAAAAAGCUGUUUAAAAAAAUCAAGGCAGUCUGAUUUGCACUCUUAAAAAAGUAAAAAGAAAGUUGUCCUUCAAAAUUAAAUUAUCUUUUUAUUUUAAAGUAGCAAAUGAUAAAAUUAAAUAUGUGUUUUCUGCAGCCUAACUGGAGUCUACUUGUACUGAAACUGCUCCCCUAUAAUGACCAUUUGCUGCAGGCCAAAUCUCUCAUCUAAAUCAAUAAAAGUACUUAAAAGGGCCAACGCUUGUUGAGAUGAUGCCCUUAAAAAUCUGCAAGAAAUUAAUCAAAUUCAACCAGUUUUGUAGGACAGCUCUUUUCAAUAAUGCUUUAUAAAACAUCUGAAAUAGCAUAAAGUUGAUAUAUCGUCAAAUGUCCAAUGUACUCCGUUUUAAGAAACUUAAAGUUCAGUUUAAAGUACUCUUGUGAGGCAUCAUGUCUUUGCUAAAUAAAGAAAAUCUACAUUAUUGAAGUUCAUAAAAACUUUAAAAAGGAAAUUAUCAUUAGAUUUCAACCCUAUAAACUAUGUAAAAAGGAAACAAAACACUGCACCAUGUAGGAUACUAAUGGGAAAAGGUAAUAUUUAGGAAAUGUUUCAAGGAAAUUUCUGGAUUGUUUUAUUUGCAUAAUAAAAAACAAAAGUGUCAUAUAACUUAAAACAGGAUGGAGAAAAACCUGUUAAUUAAAGACAGUUUGCACUGUAAAAAUACUUUUAUUGAUUUAGUUUUUUUUAAAUCUCAGCCUUGAUUUUUGCUCUGUGUGUUUUGCAAACUAUUACUUUGCAGCCUACAAAGCUAACCAUCUAAAAACCUUACAGUCACUUGGUUAAAUGGAACAAAUAAAAGUCAAGCUGUGAUUUCUCCUCUGCAAACACCUCAGCACUCUUCCUUAUUGCUUCUGGCCACUUGAAUAAAACUCCUGCACCAUGGUGACCAUCUGUUCUGUGCUGAGUUGGAGUACUUGUCUUGUGUCAAUAACUUUAAUGGUCAAAAUUUGGCCCUCUGAGGCAGAAUGGUGCAGGGAAUCACCCGGCGGUGUCAGUUGUGUAAUUAGUCUUUUAAUGAGCUGUGGCAAACAGAGAUCUCCUCACUCGCAGCACCUUCAGUGAUGAUCUUGAGGUGUUUAGAAGGGGCUUACCGCCGUAAUGCGAAUUUGCAGGGCUUGAAAUGUUACACCUUCCUUUGCAGCUGGGCUGCAUCUGCAACGCUGCUGUCUGCAGCGUAAAAAUUGGCCUGCAUACUCCUGAAAGUGGUCAACCUCUUUUCUGCACAGUUUGACCAAACAAAAGUAAACUCUUUUAUAUUUAUGUCUUCAUAUUGAAGUGGCACUGUCAUUGUCAGAUCUAAAAGGACAGCUCAAGGCUGCCUGGAGAUAAAUCAAACAAAAAGAAGGUCCCUUGUGUCGACUUGAAAACUGGCGAAUGUGGUGGGUAGAGCUGCAAAUGUUCACCCACUCUCCUGAAACAUUCCCAAACAUUGUAUUCAUCACGGCCUUGCAGGAGGAAGGUUUUGGACGGAGUGAUUGGUGGUGAUGAGUAGGAAAACACCAGUAAGUGCAGAUGUGGGAAACUCUGCAGGGUACUGGGGGGUGAGAUGGGGCAGGGAGGGAGCUGAGCUAACCCCAGCCUGCCUUCUGGCUGGGCCAAUGGGCCAUGGUAAUUAGAUCUGGCCAAUGUGGGCCCUGGGCUCUGGCCUGGGGGCAUAAAAGGGGGGCCCAGGGCAACAGACCCCUCAUAUCACUCAGAGGUCUCCUCUCUAUCACCACUCCUUCCUUCCUUCCUUCCUUCCUCUGCGCCCAUUUCUACAUCCACUCCAACCCUAACCAGCCAUGGAUGUCUUUUCACCAUCUCAGGUCUACUACGACCGAGCGUGCACCUCGUCCCCAGACAGCCUAGAGUUUGGCCCCGGCAUGGAGCUCGCGGGCUCUGAGGAGGAUGAGCAUGUCAGGGUCCCUGGAGCCCCUCACCAGCCGGGACACUGCCUCCAGUGGGCCUGCAAAGCCUGCAAACGCAAGUCCAACUUUGUGGACCGGAGACGAGCCGCCACAAUGCGCGAGCGUCGGCGGCUGAAGAAGGUGAACCACGCGUUUGAAGCUUUGAGGCGCUGCACCUCAGCCAACCCCAGCCAACGACUUCCAAAGGUGGAGAUCCUCCGCAACGCCAUCCAGUACAUCGAGAGCCUGCAGGACCUGCUUCGAGAGCAGGUGGAGAACUACUACGGCCUGCCUGGAGAGAGCAGCUCCGAGCCGGGGAGUCCACUGUCCAACUGUUCGGAUGGCAUGGUAAGACCCACAUCUGUAGAUUUGAACGUGUGUUUUAUGCACCUUUAGGUUUCUUGUAGGGGAAGAACUACAAAUGCAUGUAAGACAGGACUUCAUCUUGUCAGAUCAUCACCUGUUGACCUCCAGAAUCAUUCCGAUCUGCCCAAAACAGCUCUGAUUUCUCAUUAUUUCCUCGCAAAAUAGAGCCUGGAUUUCCAAUUUGAAAAAGUUCUUCGUCAGAGAGCUUGUCUUGCCUCAAGACCUCAAUUACCCUGCUUCCCCAUGCAUGUCAUACCCUGCUGUAAUUCUUUAAUGCAAACAUCUAUUCAGCAGCCUAACAUGUAUCCCUGCCCUCCCUGUGCAACACUUGUUAUUACCAGUCAGGAUGAAUUAGUUGCUUUUGACAACAGUUGAAGGUGACAGCGUGUCCGUUAAUAUAAAAGAGCUCAUAAUGCUGGAUGCAGUAAUUGCUUUCCCACCAUCGGACACUUUAUAGCCCCCCUAAUAAACCGAACUAAAUCCACCUUGCUGAAGUCUGGCAGGAAAAACCGGGGCGCGUUUCUGCAUUCCAUCCUGCCUGCAUGUUCUGCACCGCUGCCAGGAUUUUCUGCAGAUUUACUCAGAGAAAGUGUCAUCUUGCACAAACUGGUGUUGCUUCCACUGAUACAAUCGAUUGGCCACGCUCGGAGCAAAGCGGGCAGGGCAGCGCACACACUCACUGCCGCUCCGUCUUUAAGGUGCAUGUGAAAUAAAGAAGGCCCAUAACUUUGGAAUUCAGGAUUUAUUGGUCUGUCUAGAAAAUCAUGAAGGGCGCAGGGUUGUUUUUGCUCUUUUUUUUUUUUUGCUUCUGCUUCUCUGUUAGAAACUUCUAAACACAUUACAGUUAAUGUCUAUUAGCAGGAGGGUUUUUACAGUGCACUUUUUGUAGAAACUCAAGGUUAAAUUUGAUUUUUCUGUUCUUUUCCAGGCUGACAGCAACAGUCCAGUGUGGCAACAGCUGAAUGCGAAUUACAGCAACAGUUAUUCGUAUGCAAAGAAUGGUAAGAAACUUCUACAGAUUGAUAUGAAAAUAACAGCACUCUCAAAAAUGGGAUAAUAGGAUAUUUUACAUUAUUUUUUCCACUUAUAUCUCAAAGAAGAAAAUAAAUACAAAUUAAAUACUUUCUAUCUGGAGACUUUUAUAAAAUCCAGUCUAAUCCCCCAAAUUUUCUUCCCAUUUUCAGACAGUUUAGGCGAUAAAUCAGCCGGGGCCUCCAGCCUCCAGUGCCUCUCCAGCAUCGUAGAUCGCCUGUCUUCAGUCGAGUCCAGCUGCGGCCCGGCGGCUAUAAGAGACAUGCCAUCCACUUUCUCCCCCGGCAGCUCUGACUCACAGCCGAGCACGCCGGAAAGCCCCGGAUCCAGGCCCGUCUACCACGUCCUGUGA